UCCUCCGGCAACAGAAAAGGAAAACCCACCUUUUUUCAUUGUUAAGGACGCGGUGGAAUGUGAUGGUUUGAUCUCAAAAGGACCAGGGAGGGGAAUAUCCGAGAGGAAAGGACCAGCGAAAGCGACUGAGGGAAAGGGGGAAAGCAGAAAGCGGUUCCCCCCCUAUCGCCUCCAACUCUCUGGUCUUGAAUGAGAAUAUGCGGAUGAACUUGUCCCGGCCGUGUCGGCUGCAGCGAGCCCUACCGUCCGCACGAGCUCAGCCCGCGUGAAGUUGUGGAUUUACCGUUGCGUUUUCCGGACCCGGCGGUGGAACUGCUGAGGUAAAUUUGAGUCUUUAUUCUGUGUUUGAGGAAGAAGCGGAGUGUAUAUUUGGGGAUUCACACAGCGGCUUGUUGAGACUCGAGGAGUCCGGACUGCAGAAGUCUGAACUGCGGCAAGUUUUUCAGCCCUCCUCCUCCUCCUUCUCGUCGUCGUUCUUAAGCCAAAUUGAAGCAUCCAGCUCUGCAGGAAAACCUCAGGAUGGAGAGUUUGUGGAGCUUGAUUUGCUUUAGAGGAAAGGAUGCAUCUUAAAUUAAAUGAGAUUUGUCUGCUGAAAACCACUGAGGGAAUUUUGAAGUCUUAAAGAGACGGUGGCAAAACGAAUCAGAACAGCCUAACAAGAAAAAGGAGCUUUUCCUUGACAGCCUAAAGAACUUGGUAGCACAACGGCACAGAUGUGGACUCCCCAAGAGAUUUUCAUCAGAUAAUCUGGACAACAUAGAAACUUGGUCGAUACAAUAGAAAGAAAUCUGGAACCAUGUCAGAUCAUAAAGACAUGACCCAUCGCCACCUGAAGCACAAGCUGCAGAGUCUUGGCCGAAGACUUGAUGAACUGGAAGAAGCAACAAACAAGCUACAGAAGUCUGAGGAUGAGCUUCUUGACCUACAGGACAAGAUUAUCCAGGCAGAGGGAAGUAACUCGUCCCUGCUUGGUGAUGUGGAAGCCCUGAGAAAACGUCUCUUGAAGAUCCAGGGGAAAGAUGAGGAGGUACGUAAAGCUGAGGAUCUUUGCCGCACAGUAAGAGAGAAACUGGAAGAGGAGGAAAACCUUACGAAAGAGCUAAAGGCAGAAAUAGAACGUCUUCAGCGACGGAUGGCUGAACUCGAGAAACUGGAAGAAGCUUUUGGGAAAAGCAAGUCUGACUGCAGCCAGCUUUGCCUUAGCCUCAAUGAGGAGAAGAACUUAACCAAGAAGCUCUCAUCUGAGUUGGAGACACUAAAAGCCCGUUUGAAAGAGGUGGAGGGGUCUGAGACAAAGCUGGAGAGAACGGAGCAGGCCUUGGCUAUGGAGCUUGAAAAGCUCAAGGGAUUCACCCAAACCUUUGUGAAUGAGCGUAAGAGGCUGCUAGAGAAACAAAGAGAGGAUGAGAAGACCAUUCUGAAAUUGGAAGAAAAGCUGGCGCACCAGAAGAAUCGCUUUGGCAUGUCAACGGAUUCUGGCAGAGCAGAUUUCAUGAGCUCAAGAAUUGAAGAUGAGCUAACAUCCACAGCACUCUUAACCAGUAAGCUGGCUGGACAGAAGAAGAGCCAUGACUACUCAAAGCUGUCUGAGAAUGAGAAAAACAGCGGUCUUGAAGGCUCGCAGGAGGACAACAAAGUAAAGGAGUUGACACAGGAGGUAGAACGACUGAAGAACCGCCUUAAGCAGUUGGAGAUUGUGGAAGAGGAUUUGAAGAACUCUGAGUCAAAAAAUGGUGAGCUUCACGAAAAGUUCCAGAUAGAAAGGGACCGAGUUCGAAAGUUAAAUGAGCAGGUGGAACACCUCAGGAUGCAACUGUGUGGAAAAGGCGGAAUCAGAGGAAAUGGAAUUGGUAACUUGGAUAAACACGGCAAUGGAAGCAGCACUGCUAAGGUCAUUGAAAAUGGCAAAGUUGAAAAUGAAGAGACUAUCCUGAAGGAAGGGUUUAGACAAGAAAAGCCUAAAUAUAGAAGUGCAGCAACUGUCCCAGAGCCAAGUUCCCCAAAACAUAGGAACAGAGAUUUAUCUCCUCAGCAUAAACCUUGGAACAAAGAUUUCAGCAACUCUGAGAAGGGUUCUCCCAAGUCAGUGAGAAGAGCCCUGAGUCCUGCCCAAAAGAGAAGGACACCCAGAACUACAACUACCACAAAUUCAUCUGAUAAUGGAAUACGAGAUACAGUGCGAGGAGCUGAGGAAAAGCCAAGAGGAGCCACAUACAGCUCUGUGAAUACAACUUCUAGUGAUACCAAGAAGGUGUCCGUCCUUAGUCGAUACCCUCCAGCAGCUAAUGACCAGAAGCCACUAAGGACAGCUCACAAGCAUACGGAUGACAUCAAGAAGAGCAGAGAAAAGUUCUCAAAACUGUACGUAGGUAGUGACAGUGAAUCUAACAGCUCUGAUGUCGUGCCUGACAGUACCUCCAGUACCAUGAACAGCAUCUCUGCUCUAGAGAAGGAAACGGUGCCUGUGUCCGAGCAGGAAUCAACAGACCAGAUUCAGGAAUCUGUAUCUUCUUCUAUUUCUACUAUAUCCAAAGCCAAUGGCUCAUACACAGCCUGCAAAUCUCACAUCAAUCCCUUGCUGCCCAAUGACCACGGGUCAGAGGGUCAUUCUUCUGCCUCAGAAACAGAAUCUACUGGAUCAAGGCCAUCUGAGCUGGACCCUACAGCUGAAGCAGCUGAGGCAACUAGCACAGCUGUAAGCAGUAGGACUGUAACCUCCAGGUAUUCUAGAUACCCUCAAGUCCAGGACUCUCAUUCAGAGGGUUCCUCCUCCAGGAGCUCUUUUGAUGAGGAGCUGCACAGCCGGUCACAGGGAGCUGAGGGAGGUCACCAGGGAUCCAUGCAUACUCCAGCAGGGAUUGAAAUCCAACGAGUAUGCAGUCCUAGAGAGGCACUGAGGUCAAGAGCUGUGAUCAAGCCUGCUAUUGUGGAAAUUGACAGAAAGGAAGUAAUGAUUUCAGAACCCUUGCCUACAAAUGGGAAACCCAAGAUCUCGACCAAACCAAUAGUGACUACUACUAAUAAAAUCACCAGUAGUAUAACCAUCUACCCAAAUGAUCCAAGCUCUUCCAGAACCAGCAGUCGCAGCAGCAGUGUGUCCAGUGAACCUGCACCUAUUAAAGGACGCCACACAUCUACCAGUAACAUCGUUAUAGGCCCAAACACUGAUCAUCAUGGCAGUAUUUCCGUCCCAUAUGAGAUCUCCAUACCCAAGAGUGAGAUCACUUUGCGGCCAUGCCAGGACCAGGACUGUGGGCCACACAGCCACAGUGAUUCAUCAUCAAGGUCUAAACUCCACAACUCUUCCAGGGUGGAGACCACCACCAGCCACCUGUGCUGCCAGCGCAGCAACUUUAGCCUCCAGUCCCCGGACGUCACUUCCUCAGACUUCAACGACACAGAAUCAGGAUUUGAGAGCAGCAGCAGCACGACCACCGUCACCAGCUGGAGAAGCCAACGGCAAAGCCAACCGUCACACGAAGACAGUUUGCCAGAUAUGAAGAAUGUGACCGUGAGAAGCCCCUGGAGGAACAAAAGCGCCAUGUCUGUGGACGAGGGAAGUCGAGGAAGGAGUACGAGAGCAAUGACAGAUGGCGGGUCUGAAGAUGAAACCGAAACUGCAACAACGUGGAGGGCUUACAGGGCAACCACCUUUGACACAGAGGACUCUGUAAACAGUGGAAACGGAGGCGGCGGAAAUGCUGCAGCACAGAAGGGAGCCAAGCCGUCCCCUGCUGAGGUGUACAUGCGUAAGAUCUCUCAGUCUCCCCCUAUGGAAACAGGAGGGUUGGGAAGGGCCAUACCCCAUGCACCCGUUACCUCUCAGUCCUGGAGCCGAUCAUAUUCACAGCAGCCACCGGCUUCUGAUAACUUGGACCCCAGUCCAAACCCGAGUCACAGCCCAGCCUCUUGGAGACGACAGAUACCCAGUAGUGAUCUGGGGACCUCUUACGAUCGGAUAAGCAGGACACCUGGAGCCUCUAGAGGAGGGGAGCCCUGGUCCAGUCGGGGGCAAGGCUUAGGAGCCAGAGCUGAGGGGAGGAGCGGAGCAGGAGGCAGACCGUGGAGCCAGCGUCAGUCAGAGCAACAUUAGACCAAGUGAGGAGCAGGAUUGAAGCAAGUGGGGCAGCACUCCAUUAAGCUCUCAACUGCAAAAUAAGGGCCAAGCGCUAGUUUCCCAUCAAAUGACGGCUACAUAGAUCACCACCACCUCCAGCAGACAACAGUUUUGCAGCCACACUGAACAACAAACCACCGACCUGAUGAUGAGUGUACGCUGAGACAUGGACGCUUCUUCCUAUUCAAAACUGUUCCAGAAAAAGCCGUGCAUGGAAGGUCAGCGCCUGUACAGUGUUUUUGGAGGUUUCCUCACCGGCCAGUGUAUUAUCUUCUGCUUCUUCUGUUGGAUGUAUUAUAGUGUAAUCCUGAAACUUGACAAGGGAGAGGCUGGCACGCUGCGCAGGGCUGGAGAUUUUCCUGUGCGCCAGAGUUGGAGGAAAAUAGACUCAAGAGAGUUUGUUACAGUAACCUCAGAGUAGCUGGAAAUGUCACUUGUGCUUCAGAACUUCAACUUUUCUUCAUCACUGAAAAGACGAACCCAAUCCUCAGUCAACAGCAGCGCAUCUUUCUCUCUCACAGGGCUGGAUUUUCCCGUAGGAUUCUCUAUAAAACCAAACGAUCGCUACUUUAAAUGUGACCAAAAACAGGAAGCGAAUUCCCCUCGGUUUUGUUUCAGACUCGUUUUUCCUUCUGAAAACCUUCAUCCAAUCCCAUCCCGUCCCCCCUUCACCAAACACAAGCCAUGCAAACGUAUCCACAAAACAAGAAGCAAACACAUCCACAUUUUUAACGUUCGGUUUAAUUUCAGCCCAUAUCCCGACUUUCCAGCACGCGGUAACCUCAAACUGGAUUUAAUUUGAGGUCUUAGAUGCUGAAUGAAGAUUUGCAUGUUUCUAAGUAAUAAAUGAAGAACACUUGAAAGAUUGUGACUCAGCAUGCUUAAAGGGUUGCCGGUUGGCUGGAUUUUUAGGUGCACGCACACACACACACACAAAUACAAAUACAGACGUACACACAGACACAUUUUUCUUUUUUCUUUUGUCUUCACAGGCCAGGACCUUGUUUAUGUUUUUCUGUUAUUUUGAUUCUUUUGUAAUUCGCUUCCUGUUCUGCAUCAUCCUUUCGCUUUCUUCUCAACCGUGUCAUUUGAAAAAAGAAAGUGGACUGCACGCAAUGAAAUGGAAUGCACAUGCAAGAAGAAAAAAUAAAUAAAUAAAAAACAAGAGGAUGGGGGGUGGCAUUGUUUAUAACCUCAAACCAUGACACAGUUUCCAUGGUUCAGUAUUUUACAGCUGUUGCAACUGUCCUCAUCCAUGUGUUUUGAAAGAGCCAUAGCAAAAAUGGAGUUUCUGUUUGAACUGAACUUUGGACUUUCGAUUACCAGCAACCAUGGCCUGGCAGGGUGGGACAUUUUUUAGUGAUGCCAUAAGUAAUGUGUACACACCAGUCAUAGGAACGACCCAAGGGCGUUGGACUUCUAACCAGGAAGUGACAGUCCUGCUUGUACGUGACUUGGUUCGCCGUGCGAAUCGUGCUAGUGUCUCUCUUUCUUAUUUCUAUAGAGGUGUAUUAUUUUGUUACGACGAUAAACAACACCUGGUGGGUUGGUAUGUUGGAGCAAUCACUCAUUGCCAGGGGCCACUACGGCGGAGACUGUGCAGUAGAAUUCAAUUUAGCCACCGGCCAGUAAUAAAAUGAGGUGUUUUUUUUUUGUUUGGUUUUUUGCUGAGGUCAUCAGAAACCCUGCUGACGUAUUCAAGUUUCUCCAUAAAGUCUAUCAACAGGCACCGGCAGGAUCUUGAGACCGUUGCAGAAGAUUGACUGCAGAAUGACAGGCUAUGUAAACUUUUAAUCCUAGAACAAAAUUUAUGAAUGUUGCUCAGGAGGAAUGCAGCUGAGAAUGACCAAUUGCUCGAUGGCUUAAUGCUCCGAUCCAACACGACUGCAUUCUUUGUCUCUCGCAUCUGUUAAACUGUAGACGAGGGGGGGGAAAGAGAGAAAAACAGAACCAUAACUGUGACAACUCUGGACCAAGUUCUGGAUCUGUGAAAGAACUUGGGACUUUUUAAAAGCCUGCUCUCCAUCUGGCUCCUCUGCUGUUGUGGAUUUUAAUGCUGUGUUGUCGGACCCUGCUGGGGAUGAUCUGGUUCACUUAUUUUUUUUGUUUGUUUUUUUUUUUUUUUUUUUUUUUUUUUUUUUGGUCUCCUGUAUUCUACCAGCCACCAUCAAGCUGUAAUAUUUAUUAGUCUCCACAUAUGUGCAGGUUCUUUUAUUGUGAAAAGAUCUGCCUAAUGGCAGGACCUCUGUCUGUUGCCACUUUGUCACUUUACAGUUUAUGCAAGCAGGAGAUUAUAUGCAAUUAAACUGUCCCCCCCACCCCCACUGCAAUAUCUGUAACCAUUUCAGCCGUCAUCGUGUACAAAAAGAGGUGAUGACUGUGUAAGUGAGAAGUUUGCUAGGUUAAAACUAAAAGUUUACCUUUAGGAGUGCACAUUUUCACCAGUCUGUCUUUCCAUUAUGUUUACCUUCUUGCAGUAAUAUCUACAGCAUGUUCGUCUGUGCCUUGAGAUGCGGUAUAAGAGGUAAACUGUCCCAACAAAUUCAGACCAUCGCACAAUUUCCUUACACUUGCAGUAAACAUAAAUAACAUGCAAUACAAACAUGUAAGGUUUUGAUUUGUUCCGUUUGCAUUUAAUUGCAUUUUUCUUUUAUUUGAGAAUAGUUUUGGCUGACAUUGUAAAAUUAUUUUUAGGGGAAAUCCUCCCUGAAACUGUUAAAGGACACGAGUCACGCCGCUGUGUGGAUUUGACUGUCAGAGUCACAGGGUGCAGCUCCGCCUCUGAAAGGCUUGCUUUGUGACUAGCCGCCUCCGCCGGCUUUAUGAUGGCGCAAAAACGGACCAGACGCACUGUUUAGAGCUCUCAGUGCACAAGCCAAGACAUGAUGAUCAUGUAGUCCUCCUGUGCUCCCUCUGUUAUUCUUCUACUUCUCAUUUACCAAGAGAGAAUGCCCUCUCGUCCCCAGUCUCUCAUCUUUUCGGCCAAUUUUAACUUUCCUUUUAGGAUUUUGCUAAAAAUCAAGUGUCCCUUCCUCCUCCCUCUGUUUCACUGUAUUUUCCUUAGAUUCUCACUUCCUAAAAGGAAAACCUUUGCCCUAAACAGCAGUGAUGUAUGCUACUGGUGCAGAGGCUCGUUUUAUUGAAGGCCAGAGGCCUGUCACCAGAAAAUGAUGGGCAGUUCCCUGAGUAGCUGAAAGGUGAAAGGUCAGGUCUGGGUCUAAUCCUGUCUCUACAUCUUGAUUCAGGGCUUCUAAAUACAGGAGCGUCAAAAAUGGCCAGCUUGGCAGUGACGUGCACAUGAUGAUAAUUAAAACAUCCAGGGGGGGGGUAUCGAGUUUCAGUUUCUCCCACAUAUACACGUGCUCUUCUCUUAGUGCGUUUGUUGCUGUUGUUGAUAUGUCAGCGAGGGUUCUCAUUUAAAGCUCAAGUGGCGUCUGCAGAGCCCUGAGUUGGCUGGAGGGCGUUUGUGGGUCAGGAUGGUGAUGCAAGCACCUGAGCCACAGCCCAUUAUCCUGCCUCAUGGGCCAUAAAGUUCUUGUUACUGUUUCCCUCCAAUCCAACGUGAUGCUCCACCACCGAUCCCUAAGCAGCACCACUGUGAAGCAUUUCUCCAUCUGUGAGUUGUUUCUUUUGAAUCUUUCUCGUCCUUUCUUUCCCUAAAGAGUGUUUGAGUUCGGGGUGGGGGUGUUCCAGCUGUCAGAAACUGUAGGUUUUACGAUGCGUGGCAGGUUUCUCCUCCUCAAGGUCGGGUUCAAAGCAAGCCGGGCUGGGUAAAGGCCAAAGUUGAAACUAUGCGAUCCACCUUUCUUCCUUCUAAGGCCCCAAUGUUCCCAAACGCUACUGCUAAACCUGAUCGAACAUCCACUCCAUCCAGUGAGACUCAGCUGGACUGUCCCAGCAUGAAGACCACCCGUGGCAUCUGUGUGCGCUUAUGUGAUUGUGCAAAAUGCAACUGCUCACAGGCGACAGGUCUUACUCAAUGCUUCGGUGAAAGUUGGUGCAGUGUUAAUAUGGUGGAAUGUACUAAUUGGUUUUUGGGGGAGCUGCAGUGAUAAUUUCACAGGUUUUAAGGAUUCCGGGGCUGUUUUCUUUUCCUGAUGUCUCCUCUGAUUUGUGAUUGAUGGUUGAAUGUGGACUGAAUUACAGCAAUGGUGUAAUAGCUGCUGUUUAAAAACAAAAAGAGGCUGCUUCUGCUUUCCUGCUAGGAUACCAGCUAAAGAGUUAAGAGAAAUCCUCUGAAGAUGUGUUGGUAUAUCUAUAAACAUCCGUUAUUUUGUUUUUCCUUUUAUAAAAGUAGACUAGAAUGUACUUAGUGGAGAUUGGAGGAAUGUUAGCAGGCCCUUGUCCUCAAAUGCCUCCAUUGUGAAGCCAGGGUUAUGGUGUCAUUGGGGUGUCACAGGCUGUAAUCUGCACUUAACCAGCACUUAAACAACUAAUGCCCCCUUCAAGUCCCCCAUUGUUAAAACGUUUUCUCUUCUGUGCCCCCAAAAUUGUCCGUAGCUGUUUGCUGAAUGUACCACAGCUGGUUAUGUAGGGUUUAUUAUCUGUUUCUUUUCAAGAAUCAUCUCAGCAGGUAAAGGAAAUUGGCAUGCACUCAGUGAAAAAUCAUGUUUGCGUCUCAGCCUUUUAACAAUGUGCCAAAAUCAUUCCACAGUAUUUACAGUUUACAGAGAUGGUGCAAAAGUUUCCCCAGGAGGACACGGUGUCUCUUAAGGUUCUGAAAUAAAGGGGAAAUAUAAGUGAGGUUUGUCUUUUCUCUGUCAUCUCUCUUCUUAUGUAUUUUUUUUCUCUUUGUUAAACAAAAGAUGUCUUAUUUUGGAAUCUAUAUUGGAUAGAUUUUAUUUAAGGAAAAACUAAUUUUGUAAAGUGGGCCUUAUUACUGAAAUAUAUAAAGUAUUUGUCCAUCUUGACUUAAAGACUUUUUUUUGUUUUUCGAGGUAAUGUAUCUCCUUUUUCUUUGUCACACUCCUGGAGAGUUCUUCUUCAUGUAUUUUGUGCUUGGUAGUUUUAAUGCAAGACGUUUCUCACAACUUGGAGACAUGAUGACGCACCGUGGAUGAGGAAAAAGAGAAAGAGAGAAGCCAGCGUCGAGCGAUGGUCUUUGAAGAGUGAGAGUCACGUGCGUUUUAUCAGAGCUGAGCAGGUCUCCGAUGUUGAGCGGUUUAACACGUGUCGACCCCUUUUCUCUUUUUUGGUUUCGUGUUUUCUUUUUAAAUCGGGGACCAUUCACUGCUCCAGCCUCUCGCUCAUAAAUUCAGGGUUUGUACAUCUUCUGUGCUGUAUGUUCGAAAGUGCUGCCAAAGAAAGAAGGGUGCAGGUCCCCAGACAUGUGUAUAUAUUGAAAACACACAAUCUUAACAGGAACAAUCGGAUAACAAAUUAAAAUAAUACAUUUUUGUUUAACUGGAUGUUCUCUCUCUCUUAACGCUGAUUCAUCCACAUCUAAGAAUUUCUGAACUGUACAAAUGAGGCGUUUAUUUGUUUGUUUAUUUGGGUUUUAUUAAUAGAUGAGUGUAUAUAAAUGUGUGUGCAGAACAAGGAGACUGACAGACAGAGGUGUCAAACACAGACGUAUAUGUAAUUAAAAUCAGAUCAAAAUUGUUUUAUGAUUGAUUACUGCUUCUCUGUGUCAGCAAUGCCAGGCGUACUAUGUGGGGAGGCUUUUUUUUUUUCUUUUCAAUUUAAACUUAAUACAUUGUGCAUGUUUUAACCUUUCUGUGGCUGGCGCACUCUGCAUGUAGGUCUCUUGAAGCUGUACAGCAGACCAUAUGUAUUCCAAUAAAAAUAAAAACCGACCUGUUUGUAAAGCG